UGCUCCAUCGCAGCAGAUCGCGUGUGCUGUGAAAUCAAUCGUCCGACUACAUCUAUUUUCUUCAGUUGGUUCUUCAUCACAACGCCAAAAUAAUAGGCAUCCGCUUCAAGUUCUCUGUGAAAAGCUAGUCCUCGCGAUGAUGAGUUACCUCGGCGAGGAAACGAUUUAUUAACAAAAAUAAAAACACAAGUGGUGUAUGCCUCAUCUCUGUACGUGUAAGUGUGUUGUGUGAGUUGUGUCGUCGACGUCCUGAUGCCCGUCGUAGCCGCUGCCAUUCACCAUGGAUGCCGUCAAAGCCUUCAACUCCGAGCUAUCGAGCCUCUACGAUGUCAAACCGCCAAUCUCAAAGGCCAAGAUGAACUCCCUUACUCGGGGCGCCAUCAAGGCCAUCAAAUUCUACAAACACGUUGUGCAGAGUGUGGAAAAAUUCAUUCAAAAAUGCAAGCCAGAGUACAAAGUUCCAGGUUUGUACGUCAUAGACUCAAUUGUGAGACAGUCAAGGCAUCAAUUUGGUACAGAGAAAGAUGUAUUUGCUCCAAGAUUUGCCAAAAACAUGCAAACCACAUUCUUAAACUUGCUGAAAUGUCCACCUGAAGACAAAAGCAAAGUCAUACGAGUGCUUAAUCUCUGGCAAAAAAAUGCCGUUUUUCCUCCUGAGGUUAUCCAACCUCUGUUCGAUUUAGUUGAUCCUAAUCAUCCUAUACAUAAAGAACAGACAAAUGGAGUUUUAAAUUCAGGUAAUAAUAUAAGUGCAGCCAAGGCUUCACCACCAACUGCCAAAAGUACACCAAAGGACCAAAAGCUGUUCACUACAGCUAAACCCAUUGACCCAGCAUGGCUUGCACAAACCAAGAUGGAAACUGCUAAUAUAGUCAAUGCCAACAAAUUACUGUUUCUCGAUCGAUUGCAGCAUUUACAGCAGUUACUGCUAAAAAAACAGGAAGCUGCAAAUGAAGCAUCACAAAGUUCGGUUAAGUUUGAUAAGAAACUUCUUGAUUUUGAUUAUGGCGAGGAGGAAGAUGAUGAUGUUCAGGUUGCCACUUCACCAAAGAUGAGUCAAGCAGCCAUAUCACAGCACAAUGCCAAUGCCAUAGCCACUGCAACCAAUAAUCUUGAGAGCCUUGGUCUUUUACUUGCUAAUCCUGAGGUACUCCAAGUCUUGAGGCAGUUGCAAACACUUCAACAAACAAUGCAACAGAAUAGCACAAACACAGCUCAGCACGAAAUGGAAGAAAAGAUGCGCAAAAUGCAGCAGAUGAAACAACAGGAAGAAGAAUUUGAUAAACAUUUAGCUCAAACUGUACAAAAUCUACCAUUCGCCGCAGAAUGUGAAUUAAAGCCAAGCGACAUCAUGAAAACGGCACCACCACCUCCUCCACCUCCACCACCGAUACCUGUUGGUUUUGCUCCAGUGGUAAUGAACCCAGCGUUAUUACAAAUGCAUCCUGAUAUGAGUCAGCCACCACCUGGUUACCAUCCACCGGCAAUGCCAUUUGUCUCGCAGCCACCACCGUUAAUGAGGCAACCAUCUAUUGCCCCUAUGAACGUGCCACCUCAACAGAGCCCACACCCCGAAGAAAAUAACGUGAAUCGAAGAGAAAGCAGUGUAGAAAUCGUAAACUGUGAACAAUCGCGUUCGCAAAGUAGAUCACCUGAUAGAUUUAGACGGCGUAGCAGAUCAAGAUCGCCACGGAUACGAGGCAGGGAACGUGAAAGAAAGUCAAGGUCCAGAACAAGAUCAAGAUCUAGGUCUAGACGUCGCAGAUCACGUUCAAGAGAGAGGAUGAAUGAAAGGCAGAAACGAGACGAUAGCAGAGACAGAUUUAGAAACGAAGAAGAUAGGGAAAAAGAACGUGAAAGACGUAAACGCGGUCUUCCACCAUUAGUCAAAGAGAAAAUGAGCGUGUGCAGCACAACGUUAUGGGUAGGCCAUCUAUCGAAGUUAGUUCACCAAGAAGAAUUAUCGGAUACAUUUGGAGAAUUGGGUGAUAUUGUGAGCAUCGAUCUAAUUUCACCACGCGGCUGCGCCUUUAUUUGCAUGAACAGGCGUCAAGAUGCUUACAGAGCUCUGACCAAAUUAAAAAAUCACAAGUUGCAAGGAAAAGCAAUAACUUUGGCAUGGGCACCCGGAAAAGGUGUGAAAGGCAAAGAAUGGAAAGACUAUUGGGAAGUCGAACUAGGUGUUAGUUACAUCCCUUGGAGUAAGCUAAACAAUGUUACAGACCAAGAUCUUGAUUUACUUGAGGAAGGUGGAAUGAUUGACGAGGAAUCAAUGCCACCAAAACUCAAAGGACGAAGGAAAAACACUUCGCCCUCAAUGUCAGAUUCAACGCAGUCGACUCUCAUUCAAGGUUCGUCGAUACCUACGGUGACGGAUGGUGUCGUACAAUCGUCACCAGUGAGUAGUACUCCAAUUGUUGACACCAGUCAACCACCACCGCUCAGACCACAAGCUCCACCACCACUCUUACCCCCGCCUAAUCAACUCCAAAUGAUGCCGCCUGGAUUUAGCAUGCCACCAGGAAUGCUUGGUCCAAUGGGUCUUCAAAUGCCAGGUCUGAUGCCAAAUGUGCCUAUCGGUGUACCUCCGCCAAAUAUGCAAGGCUUGAUGCCGCCAGGUAUGAUGCAGCAACUCAUGCAAUCAGGAGUCAAUCCUCCAUUUGGUGCUGGUGUUGGCGUUGGGUUACUCACGCAGAUUCCUAUGCCUGCACCUGCUGCUCCUUCUGAUAAACCCAAUGCUACUGGUAUGCCACACAAUGUACCACCAUUGGGCGUCCCACCACCAACAUCCGAACCCGGAAUGCCAAAUCUGCCAAUGAUGCGUCAGCCUUUCGGGGUACCUCCGAUGCCAAUGCCACCACAACAACCACCUCUUCCUCAACAACAGCAUCCAGAUGACAUGGACGUAGAGAUGGAAGACGUGAUGUCAAUGCCAAUGAAAGACCACGGUAGCAGUAACAAUAAUAACAAACCCAGUCUUAGUGAUCAGUUGCUUGCUGCGAUGAAAGACACUAGAAAUGACAACGAUCGAGACUUCAGAGAUCGUGAGAGAGAUCGAGAUAGGAGAGAGAGAGACCGCGAUAGGAAUGACAGAAGUGACAGCAAUGAUAGAGGACGAGAUCGUGGACGUGGAAGAGAUCGAGGUGGUCGUGACCGCGGUAGAAGAGACAGCAGAGAUAACAGAGAUAGGGAUGAUCGACGGGGUGACCGCGAUCGCGAUAUGGAUAGAAUUGGCCACAGAAGUCCGAUCCGCCAAGACGAACAAAAGAAAGACAGUGGACCGAAGCAAAGUCUCGCAGAUCGCUUACGUCAACUCGCCGAUGGCACAUUACCUUUGAUGGAUGAGCGCAUUGACAGAGAUAUGCGUGGUAGUGGUGGUCCAGGACCCGGAGCAGGACCAAGUAAUAGAAGUGAUCGUAGUGUAGACCGUGAAAGAAAUUUCUCAGAUGAAUCGAGACAACCGCCACCGCCGCCGCCGCCGCCACCGCAGCAACAGCAACCACCAAGUUUGUUGGGUGCUGGAAGACGACCUGGUGAUGGUCCACCGUCAUUGCUCGAUCUACCUGCUCCGAAAUUCCCUCCCGGUGCACCUGACUUUCCACGAGACUUUGGUAGGGAAGGAAGAGAUCUACGUGAUUUUCCACAGAGAGGCCCUAGCGGUCCUCUUGGCGACCGUGAUGGGCCGCGGGGUUUCGGUCCGCGCGGGUCAGGCCCAAUGGGUCCUGGAGGUCGUGGUCCAAUGGACGACUUUCCAGAGCCACCGCGUAGUCUAAUGGAUCGUAGAUUUGGCCCAAUUGACGACUUUGAGGCUGCACCGCGAAUGGGUGCAGACUUCGACAUGCGAGAUCGUGAUUUUGAAAAUCGAGGUCCACCUCGAGGUCUUGAUGAUUUCGAUCGUCGAGGUCCACCAUUUGAUUUCGAUAUGAGGCCACCACGUGGCAGUGAUGACCCUCGGUUUGAUUUACCCAGAGGAAUGCCCGACGACUUUGACAUUCGGGAUCAUCCGGAUUUUGAUCCCAGGAGGCGAGAUUUCUUCAUGGAAGCCAAAUUCGGACACCCCGGAAUGAUGGGUCCUAGAGGCUUGAGGGGACCACCUUUGAUGGGACCUGACGGUUUUUCACGUGGUGCUCGUGGACUUGCAGGCCCACCAAUGUUCCAUGGGCCUCGAGGAAUGGGUCCACGUGGCAUGCGUGGAGGAAUGAGACCGCCAUUUAAUUCGCGAGGAAGCGGCGCUGGUGGUGGGCCGCCCUUCGAUUUCGAUGGUCCACGUGACGCAGACUUUUUCAACCGACCUGGCGGUCCACCGUUUGACGAAGGUCGUCCUGGUAGAGGACCGAUACCACCAUUCGGUGGUCCAGGUGGACCUAUGCCACCACCGCUGUUGAACGAUGGACUUGCUGGUCCGUGGGGCAAUGGACCACCACCACCACAAAGGCCAGAUGGUGAUAUCAAUGCACCACCCCCUGCUGGUGGAGAUGAUAAAACGGACAAGAGAUCUGGAAGCUCCGACAGGGAAAGGCGACGAGAGAAUAGAAAAUCUAGAUGGGGUAACGUUAGCCCUUCGGCCGAACAACCCGACGAAGGACAACAGCAACAUCCAUCCCACGAAGGACCUUCGUCGUCUGAUAAUAAUGAAAGUGGAAUACCUCCUUUAGGAAGUGGUCCUCGAGGUAUAGAUGGUCCGCCAACAGAAAAUUGGGACGAACCACCACAGGAAUCUUGGAAUGAGCAGCCACGAGAAACUCGUGCAAAAUCAAUGGAACAGUCUCUUGGCGAUUUCAAGGCGCAAAAGGAAGAAGGCGCUCGCUACGAGGAAGACCGUCCUCAGCAUCAAGAGCACUUUGAGUCUCCUCAAUGUCAGGAACACUUUGAACCUCCACAUCAGCAGGAGGGACAUUUUGAGCCUCCUCAUCGACCAGAGGAGCAUUUUGAACCUCCUCCACAACAGGAACACUACGAGGAGCUGCCUCGUCAAGAACAUUACGAGGAACCACCUCCACAGGAACAUUACGAGGAACCACCUCGUCAGGAACAUUACGAGGAACCACCUCGUCAGGAGCAUUACGAGGAGCCGCCUCCUCAGGAGCAUUACGAGGAGCCGCCUCGCCAGGAACAUUACGAGGAGCGACCACCUCCACAAGAAUUCUAUGAGCCACCUCCUGUUCAGGAGCGUUACGAAGAAAGAGCUCCACCUCAGGAUGAUUUCGAUGUGGCUCCUCCCGAAGCACACGAAGUGCAACAUCAUGUACCGGAACCAGUUCAAGAGACUUCACCACAGCAGGACAGCAAACCUGCAGCAGAAGCGCCCACAGAGGAGUCGUAAUUCUAGUGUAUCAUAUACCGGAGACACUUUGUGUGUGUGUGUGUACAUAGAGAGACAUGUGUCUGUAUGAGUGAAGUGAGCCUCGGAGUGGUGAUAAGGCUUCUUCUCUUCCUAUCGUUUUCUUCUUUUUGUUAUUCCAUUAUUAUUAUUACUUUCGUCUUCUUUUCUUUGCUUUUAAUUUUGCUUUUACACGAAACUCUGAUCGCGGCGAGUGUACGGAGCCAAAAGUUAACUCUCAUGCGUAUAUGUAUAUAUAUGUUGUACAUAUAUAUCUAUUUUUACUGAUACUCGAGUCCGACGACACUGCUGUGAUAGUGAACACAGGACACGAAAAAUGGUCCGAAAGAAAAAAAACGCGUGCGUAAUUUUUUCUUUUUUUUUAAUAUAAGCGAGUGACUAGUCGAGUUGUUUCUUUUCGUUGAAUACGAGAGGAAAACUUAAUUUAUUAAUAAUGUACAUAGAUUUUUAUAUGAUUACUCUCGGGGAUUCUUGCUUAAUCAAAAAUGAGAUAAUAAAUAUUUUGUAUAUACAUUAAUUUAUCAAAUGAAACUUGUUUUCUGGCGUUCUCAUUUAUCUAAACGAUUCGAUACAUUAUCCCACGAUAUUUUCACUUUAAUUUCUUUUUCUGAAUGUUAGUUUAAUUUAAUAAUAACAGACCUUUUGGUAUACAGUGCUGUAACAAAAGUAUUUUAGUUCUUAUAUAACUUGUUUCUUUUAAUUUGGUGUAUCUAUGGUACAAACAGAAAUCUAAAUUAUUUGAUAAUUAUUGACAAAAACAAAAUUAAGAAACUCACUGUAAAAAAUAGAGAGAGAAAAAGGUGAGAUUGAGAGAGAAAUAAAAUUCGUCGUACGCAUCCUGUGUUCACGCACCGCAACGUUCUCAUAAUGUGCUCGAGGCGCAACGAUGGAGAGGACUCGCGCUUGCGCUCAAACUGAGUGACAAGUGCAAGGUACUGUUUUAUACCAUUCACAUUCAAUUACCAAUUCCUUGUUUUUUUUCUUAUUUUAUAACUUAAAAGUUACACGUGAAGGAAGACACGAUGUCUCGCACCACUCUGAAACUUAGUCACUAUUAACAUGGGCAAAGAUAAAAAAAAAUUAUAAAAUUGUUCAUUCGAUGUACCCCAUGACGGUGACCUUGUUCUUUACUUUUUUCUUCUUUUUGUAAGAGUAACGCCAAUGAUGAAAAAAUGUAAAUUUACAAAUGGACUUGAGCUACUGCGUUUUAAAAAAAUCUAAUCCAUCGUGUAGAUUCUCAUGAAUUAUAACGAGUUAUACACUAUAAAUGUACGUUGUUUUUUGAAAUGAAAGAUGAAAGAUUGUCGAAUUCGAACGUAAAGAAAAAAGGAAAAUGUCACGUAGGAAGUUGAACAAAUACGUUUGUUUCGCAAUAAAUAACGACCGCGUACUUUGUGUAUAUACCGUUAUUGAAGACAAUUUUUACGUAUAUAACAUUUAACCCAGAGAGUUUUUUUUUGCAAUGAGAUUGAUUAAUCUCAAAGUCUGUAAUGUAAUAAGUAAACAUAAAGAGCGUACCUUAUGAAUUGAUGACCUUUUAAAUAAAUUGAUUUUUGUGUUUUUUUUUUUUUUUGCGGAGCUAGUUUUCCUAUUGCAAGGAAAACCGAAUAUUUUCAAACGUGAUUUUUUAAUAAAAUUUUUAGCACUGAAUUAUCGUAGUUCGUUGAUUACUGUUAAUUAUGACAAGUAUAUAUUUUCAAGAAUUGCUUGACAUUAACUGUAAAUAAUACGAGAAAGUAUAAUUCAAUGUUGUGUGCACUUUGAAAUUUGCUUCGCUUUAGAUACAUUCUUCAUGUAAAGUCUAUAAUAUGAUUACUUAAUUAUUAUGGAAAUAUAAAUUUAAGGCAGUUAUUUCACAUUAAUGUAUAUGUUAAUAAAAAAAAAUAAUAAAUAACAGAUUGAAAAAAUUCAAUUUUUCUCGGUAAUUGAUUAAUCUUAAUUUUUUUAAAUUAAUCAUGAAAAUUAUCUUGACUGAGGACUGUUAGGAUUAAUGCAUGUACCUUAUAGUUACAUUGUUAAAUUCAAUAGGGCAUUAUUAAUCGCAGAGUGUUGCGUGGCAUCGUGUUCCUCGAUGCUAUUCAUGUCUUCAAUUUUUUAUAAACUAAAGAGUUUGAUGAUAUUGCAAUGUUCAUAAAUUGUAUAUCAAACUUUCUAGUUGAUAAAUUUUUCAAUGAUAUAUAUCGCUCAUGUAAAAUUGAUAAUAAAAUUAAGAUUAUGCAAAUUAUUUGCAUAUCAAAAUCAAAAAAAUUAAAUAGUUUAGAUUAUAAGGAAGAAUGGACAGAAGUCUUUGCCGAUUGGAAACUGUGUAAUAUAAACUAAGCACAUAUUUCACUUAUAUUAUUUUUAUUCUUUAAACUACAACUGUAUGGUUUUUUUCUACGAGAAUCGUACAAAUAUUGAACAACUUUCGCAUUACAACUGC